GACACACACAUUCACACACAGUCUCACACUGGAGCCAACAUUCAAGAUGCAGCAGCAAGAGAGCUUGUCUUCUGAUUCCCUGUCAGACGUGCGGUGUCCAUCGAGAUAUUGGAUGCCUCGUGGUCACUCCUAUGAAGACCAAACUGUGUGGAACCAGAAGUACUGCGUGGUUGGUGACUGUCAGAUGCUGCUUCUGAACGAGGAGGAGGUGAUCCGUUCCUUGUUUUUGCAGGAGAGGCGCCCUGCGUCAUGCAAGGUCCAUCUUCUGCGGCGCACCAUCAGCGUGCCAGUGGAAACACAGUUUCCACAGUAUCACAGCCAGCUGUCCACUGAGAGCGAGUCUCCUCCAGAGAGGACAGGACGCCGACGCAGCAUGCCGGGCAGCUCCUCCGACAAGAACACACCCACUAUGGAGGCGACGUCCACGGCUGCCACACCUUUCAGAGUCACCGGCUUUCUCAGUCGACGGCUGAAGGGUUCGAUAAAACGCACCAAGAGUCAACCCAAGCUGGACCGCAACUCCAGCUUCAGACACAUCCUUCCAGGCUUUAGGAGCGUCGACAAUGACAGAUCGCAUCUGAUGCCAAGGCUGAAGGAGUCUCGCUCCCAUGAGUCAUUGCUCAGCCCCAGUAGUGCUGUGGAAGCCCUGGACCUAAGUAUGGAGGACGAGGUUGUCAUCAAGCCUGUUCACAGCAGCAUCCUCGGGCAGGACUACUGCUUUGAGGUCACCACCUCCACAGGAAGCAAAUGUUUUUCCUGCCGUUCAUCAGCCGAGCGAGACAAAUGGAUGGAGAACCUGCGGAGGGCGGUGCAACCCAACAAGGACAACAGUCGUCGGGUGGAGAACCUGCUGCGGCUGUGGAUCAUCGAGGCCAAGGACCUGCCGGCCAAAAAGAAAUACUUCUGCGAGCUUUGUCUGGAUGACUCGCUCUACGCCCGCACCACCUGUAAACUCAAGACCGACAAUGUCUUCUGGGGGGAACACUUUGAGUUCAACAACCUGCCUGCUGUCAAGAGCAUCACGGCCCACCUCUACAAAGACACGGACAAGAAGAAGAAGAAAGAUAAAAACAAUUACAUUGGACUUGUCAACAUCCCCGUCACGGCCGUUACCGGGCGGCAGUUUAUGGAGAAGUGGUACCCGGUCAGCAUGCCCAACCCCCCUAAGGGCAAGACGUCUGGGCCUAUGAUUAGGAUCAAGGCCCGCUAUCAGAGUAUGAACAUCCUUCCCAUGGAGAUGUACAAGGAGUUUGCAGAGUACACCACCAACAACUACAUGCUGCUGUGCUCGGUGCUCGAGCCCGGGAUUAGCGUCAAGAACAAGGAGGAGAUGGCGUGCGCGCUGGUCCACAUUCUGCAGAGCACUGGCAAGGCCAAGGACUUCCUCACAGACUUGAUGAUGUCAGAGGUGGAUCGCUGCGGGGAGAACGAGCACCUCAUCUUCAGAGAGAACACACUCGCGACAAAGGCCAUAGAGGAAUACCUCAAACUGGUGGGACAGAAGUACCUGCAGGACGCUCUCGGUGAGUUCAUCAAGGCUCUGUAUGAGUCAGAUGAGAACUGUGAGGUGGAUCCGUCCAGGUGUUCCUCAGGUGACCUGCAGGAACACCAGAGUAACCUGAAGAUGUGCUGCGAGCUGGCCUUCUGCAAAAUCAUCAACUCAUACUGCGUCUUUCCAAGAGAACUGAAAGAGGUCUUUGCGUCAUGGCGACAGGAAUGCAGCAACAGGGGUCGACCGGACAUCAGCGAGCGUUUGAUCAGCGCGUCCUUGUUCCUGCGGUUUCUCUGUCCGGCCAUCAUGUCCCCCUCACUUUUCAAUUUGAUGCAGGAGUAUCCAGAUGACCGCACAGCACGCACACUCACGCUCAUCGCUAAAGUCACACAGAACCUGGCAAACUUCACCAAAUUUGGUAACAAGGAAGAGUACAUGUCCUUCAUGAACCAGUUCCUGGAGCACGAGUGGACCAAUAUGCAGCGCUUCCUGCUCGAAAUCUCAAACCCAGAGACGAUCUCCAACACGGCGGGCUUUGAGGGGUACAUCGACCUCGGCAGGGAACUCUCCACCCUGCACUCGCUCCUCUCGGAGGUGGUGUUCCAGAUGGACCAGAGUGCAGCCUCCAAGCUGGGGCCUCUGCCCAGGAUCCUGCGGGAGGUGAACACAGCUCUGUCCAACCCGUCCUGCGUCCAGAUGACACCCGGACAGUCCUCGGAGCACAUGGGCACAUCGCCUCCCGCUGAGGCGAGCUGCAGCAUCUCCACUGGCCUGCAGAAGAUGGUCAUAGACAAUGACCUUUCAGGAUUAGUGGACUUCACCAGGUUACCCUCCCCUACCCCGGAAAAUAAGGACCUAUUCUUUGUGACAAGGAGCUCAGGGAUCCAGCCUUCCCCAGCACGCAGCUCAAGCUACUCUGAGACCAAUGAACCUGACCUGGUCAUGGCCAAUGGCAGCAAGAGUCUGUCCAUGGUGGACCUCCAGGACCCCCGCAGUCUGGAAGGAGGCCCAGGUCCCAGCUCCUCGGACGCCCUGGGUGAAGGUCCAACCUCUGGGGGAGGCUGGUCAGCCAGAGUUCCACAGGGCAACAUCCCUGGAGGUCCCACUCUGAGGAGGCCAGGCCAGACCCCCACCACCCUGGGCACAGAAAGCACUCCAGGUCGACCCGCCCAGCUGCUAGCCCCCCUCUCCUUCCAGAACCCAGUUUACCAGAUGGCGGCCUGCCUGCCCGUGUCCCCCCGUGGAAUGACCGACUCGGGCUCUGAGUGCCACAGCUCUGUCAGUUCCCAUAGCAACAACGAGGACGGACCAGCAGGAGGGAAGCACGCCUUCUUGAACCAUGGUGGCGGAGGAGGAGGAGGAGGAGGUGGGGGGAGCAGCGGGGAUGAGUACACGAGGCGUUCGGGGGAGUUCAACCGCCGACAGCUGUCCCUCACAGAACAACAGCACCAGCCCGCCGUCCCCAGACAGAACAGCGCCGGCCCACAGCGGAGGAUAGACCAACCUCCGCCUCAGAGCGUUACUCGGGGCCGCACACCCCCGAAUCUGCUCAACAGUGGGCCCUACCCCCGGCCUUCCUCUGGCAACAUGAUGACAUCGUCACCCGACUGGCCUGGCAGCGGCGCACGGUUACGACAGCAGUCCUCUUCCUCCAAAGGAGACAGUCCUGAGACCAAGCAGAGGGCUCAGCACAAACAGGCCCCCUCCCCAGUGAACCCCAGUGCGCUGGACCGCACAGCAGCCUGGCUUUUGAAUAUGAAUGUGCAGUAUUUAGACCGUGAGGGGAUGCAGCCCGAGUCACUGAGAAACAGAGAGGAUCUGACUCAGGUGGAGAAGUACCAGCAGGAGAUCUUAGUGCUGCAGGAGAAGCUGCGGGCGUCGGUGCAGAAGCUGGAAGAGUAUGAGGCGCGUCUGAAGGGGCAGGACGAGCAAGCCCAGAAGGUGCUGAUGGAGUACCAGGCCCGGCUGGAGGAGUCGGAGGAGCGCCUGCGCAGACAGCAGGACGACAAGGACCUGCAGAUGAAGGGCAUCAUCAGCAGGUUAAUGUCGGUGGAAGAGGAGCUGAAGAAGGAUCAUUCAGACAUGCAGGCAGUCGUCGACUCUAAACAGAAGAUCAUCGAUGCACAGGAGAAGCGCAUAGCAUCGCUGGAUGCAGCCAACGCCCGUCUGAUGAGUGCUCUCACCCAGCUGAAGGAGCGCUACAGCAUGCAGACCCGCAACGGCAUCUCCCCCACCAACCCCACCAAACUGCAGAUCACUGAGAACGGAGAGUUCAGGAACAGCAGCAAUUGCUAGAAAGACUGCGAAGUGUUGAGUGCCUGCGCGUGUACAGUUAUCCAAUGAGAGGACGUCUACAUGCAUGCAUAUGGCUGCAUGCCUGUUCGACAGACAGCGAAGGGUGUGUGCGCGUGCGUGUGUGUGUGUGUGUGUGUGUUUUUAAAAAGCGGACUUUUGGAAGACAUUUCAACUUUGUGGACAGCAGUGCGAGAAGGGGGCAGAAAAAAAGGACCUCAGUGUGACGGACGGAUCCCUCAAGAGAACGAGAUCACCAGACGGCCUUCGUUACGAGCGUGUCGGCCAGAGGAGGGGCAGAGUUUGUACAUAUGAAACUCAAAGCUGUCCAUCAGUCAGAUACUUCUCCAGAAGGAUGUACGGGACAAAUCAAGACCCUCACCUGCGCCUGGGACAAACCACUAUAUAACCACUCACAGUGACGACCGCCAGACUCGGUCACCUCCUCCUCUCUUUCUUCUUCUCCCUCUCGACGAACAAGUGGACCCACUUAAAAACAAUAACACGCAUUGAGGAUUAUCACGUUGUAGUCGUCUCCAGAGGAUUACUGUCCAGUGCUUAAAGUCAUUGUUUAUACAGAACCAAAUAGGAGCUCAAAAAAAUAGAUAUUUUUAGCCCAAAAAAAUGAUCUUUAUGUCCCUUUCCACUCCUGGGUGUGUUCCCGAGCGUCCCAAUGAGCCCCCUCUCCCCCCCUACACCCCCUACACCCCCCACACCUCCAUGUAGUGCACUUUGUGAGAAGCUAUUGGUACAUGAAACGCCUUAAGUAAGGAACACACCUCGACUUUAUCCCACAGCUCCCCUAUUUCUGCAAAAAAAAGGCACAACUUCUACUGUGGAUUUGUAAAGGAUACAAACACUUGUACACACAUAAAUGUAUUAUGAAGACUAUAGUAAAUGAAUUCUAUGUGAUAUACUAUAUUAAUGAAAUUUAAUAUAGACGUAUGCAUUUCCUUUCUUCUAUAGAGUAUACACACAUAUCUAUAUUUGAUAAUCUCAAAUAUAAAAGCAGCCCUUUAUUUAGGAGUUUUAUUUUUCUUCUCUGACGAUGAACGACUGUAGUGUGUGUAGCUCGCUUCAGAGCUCAGGAGGAGACAUCACACCGAGCAGUGAUCAGCACCAUCGCCUCAGUCACCCCUCCACACCUCCACCAUGCUCCACCCUUUACAUUCAGUAUGCACUGCAUUCCAGAGACAUGACUGUACAGUUCGUGGCGGAGCUUGCACAACUUGCACAGUCAAGUGAUGGGUUCUUCUUCUUCUGGUGCUCAUCAUUGCUCUUAACGACACAGAUCAAUUAAACCCAGAUUUAGAUUUUGGUUUGAGUCACAUGUGUGUGGUCUUCUCACUAGUAGCACAUGAGUUGUGGAGAGACUCACUCGCAGGGUUUCCGUUACAAAAACAAUAAAUACAAAUGCCGGUCAUAGAACAUUUCAAUGUGAUGGACACAUGGGAGGAACUCCGCUCAAAUAUUAUCUGUGUUUUUUGAUCAGUAGGUUAUGUGAAGAAUCUCAUCAAGGCAUGUAGAGUUCUACUAUUUCAAUAAGGCGUGAGAGCAGCGCGUGGUGCAUGUGCGUCAUGGAGGCUCUUUUUACGCAGCGUGUGCACGGCCCUUUACAGGAAUGGAUCAUAUAGUUGUUGUUUUUUUUUAUUAAACUACCGAUACAAAUGAUUUAAUUUCUUUUAUUUUGUACCAGCUCUGUCCCUUAACUAGCCGACACUGUAGAUCUUUACUUCCCCAUAUAACACAAACGGAGUGCAGAAGAAGAAAUCCCGAAACGUCUUGUUUUUGCAUGAAACUCACACACGACACGUGAUGUGCGCUGCAGGUGGAGCCGGUAAGAAGAUGCAUUCCUAAAAACACGCUGCAGAGAUUUAAAUAUGGCGGACAUCAACAGAUCUUCCCGGUGAUUAACGGAAACCCUUCUCACUCAUACUAUACACUGGACCGGUGAGCCGUUGUAAUACUGGCCUCCUUAGUUACACUUUUAUCUCUAACUGCUUUGUUUUCAGUGGUAACGACGUGAACUGCGUCCAAACUGUGACUCUAGUAAUCCCAGUUGCAUCAUCAUCAUCAUCUCUCCUCUUCAUCCCUCUUCGCGGACUCACAGUUGGGGUUUGGUCCUUCUUAUCUCUCCUCGCAUUCGCUCCCAAACAUCAACAUCGGUAUUUUGCAUAUUUUUGUAUUCAUUGUUCCUCACCUGUGACAGACUGUAAACAUCCGGUGUGAGGCUCCGCGUGCUUCAUCCUCGCGCUCGACGGUGGCGUCACCGUUUUCUUUUCUUUCGUUGCCAAUUUGGAAGGUGGUGAUGACGACGACGAUGAAUGCUUCGCUGCAGACACACACACACAGUGGACAUAUGAUAACCGAGUGCAUCGAGAGGCUGGACAGCCUGGGGACGUGUAAAUAAAAUGCACACACUAUUUUUACCUAAUGUUAACGGAGCUUUUUGUAAAUGUAGCUUGUGCUCAAACUCUGCUGUGUCAUGAUUGAUAUUGUAAAUACAGAAUCGCUCUGUCGGUCAUCUUUCCUCAUUGGGUAGAACUAUACAAGUUAAAUGAACCUUUCAGUGUUCUCCCUGUUAAAGCUAUUGUUUGUGUAUUUACAGUGUAAUAUCACUAACCAGUUGGACUCUUGGGAAUGAAUGCAGAAUGACACACCAUCCUGUAUUUGUGGAGCUCCAUCACUUUACGCUCAGCGGUUGGUGUUUCUAUUAGCUUUCUUUUCUUUUCUUUUUAAGCACAGCAUCUGUUUCAGGUGUUUUAAAAACGUGGCCAAAUUCAAACGUAAGAAAGGGAUUAUUUUCGCUGUAGGUCAAACCUUUCUAUCAGAUACAACGAGCUUCUUGAAGAGAAAGGAAUAUAAAUCUCUUGUACAGAACAUUUCUCCUCAUCAUAUCUUCCAUUCAGUCCUCAAACAAUAUUGUACAACUGCAGAGAUUAAAGCAAGUCUAUGUCACUUUUGACAGAAGAAGUAAAUACAAAUGAAUCGUUGAAUACAUGAGCAAUUCAACACACUGAAGUUAACUUAACGGUUAGAUGGAAACAGUCGUGCUAACGUUACAGCUUCAUGCCAACGUUUUGAAUAAAGUUUUCUAACAGAGGUGGUUGUUACAGUCUUGCUUUAAACUCCAAGUGUACACAAAUACAAGUGAACUGAUAUAUUGUAUACUGUACACCAAAGAGUAAAGUAGAAGACACACUCUUAAUAUUAGUUCCUUCAUCCCAUCUGUGUUCACACCUCCGGUCUAAUUCUUCACACAGUUCAUCCAGUCCGACAAAAGAUCUAUCAAAAAUAUAAAGCUAUAAAUAAAGUAAAAGAUGUUGUAUGUUUUCUAUUAUCUUGUAGAAAAUACUUUUGUAAGUAUGUUGAAAGUAUAAAGUAUUUGCUGGAUUCUGCUUCCUUUGACGACAGUGACAAAACAAUAAUGUACAGAGGAAUUUGUGUUGACAAAAUGUGGCUGUGCAAUUUAUGUACAUUUGCAACUAGACCUAUUAAAGUUUUAUUUAGCUAUUUUAAAA